UAAUCUGGGCGGCAGCGGGCUGCCCCGGCCAGCAGCCACGAGCCACUUCUGCGGCUGCCGAGCAGAGCGAAGGUCGCCGGUCUCGUGUCGUCCCCCUCUCCGCCCCCCAGGAGGGGCGAGAGGGAGCCGAAGCUGAUGUCAGUCGCAGGUCCUUCCCUUUCGCUCUCUGGUGCCCCUCGCCUCUUCGCGCGCCGCCUGCCGUCGGGUGGCGACGGUGAGGCGCGGGCUGCGCUCCGGACCGCGCGGCUGGACCACUUAGCGGUCCUGCCCGGCCGGGCCCUCCCCCCGCGGAGCUGCGGGCGCUCAGGUGUGGGCACCUUCCAGGAGAGCCGCCGGGCUGCCGCGUCGCGCCAGCGCCCAGCGAGCCGGAGCCUUGCGCAAGUGCUGGGGGACUUCCUCUGAGCUCUCUGGAUCAUCAGCUAAUUCAGAUGUCCUACAGGAAAAUGCAGGCCAAAAUCUAUAAUGUGUGAAAAUAAGAAGCGUCCCUUGAAGAAAAAAGUACAAAGAAGCUGUUAUAUGUGAAAUAGGGUAGCCUAUAGGAAGGUAGAAGAAACCAAAAAGAAAAUCCAAAGAUACAUUUUCGGGAAAUGGCCUCUAAAUCUUGGCUGAAUAUUUUAACCUUCCUUUGUGGAUCAGCAGUCGGAUUUGUUUUAUGCUCUCAGCUACUUAGUAUUUUGUUGGAAGAACAGAAGGACAUCCAGCCUAGUAUUCUUCAUAAUGAUCCUCACGCUAGGCAUUCAGAUGACAAUGAACAGAAUCAUCUAGAAGGACAGAUGAACUUCGAUGCAGAUGCCAGCCAACAUAAAGAUGAGAACACUGACAUCGCUGAAAAGCUCUAUCAGAAGGUUAAAAUUCUUUGCUGGGUAAUGACAGGGCCUCAAAAUCUAGAAAAAAAGGCUAAACAUGUCAAAGCCACAUGGGCCCAGCGUUGUAAUAAAGUGUUGUUUAUGAGUUCAGAAGAAAACAAGGACUUCCCUGCUGUGGGAUUAAAAACCAGAGAAGGCAGAGACCAACUGUACUGGAAAACAAUUAAAGCCUUUCAGUAUGUUCACGAUCAUUAUUUAGAAGAUGCUGAUUGGUUUAUGAAAGCAGAUGAUGAUACUUACGUUAUACUAGAUAACUUGAGAUGGCUUCUCUCAAAAUACAACCCUGAAGAACCCAUUUACUUUGGGAGAAGAUUUAAGCCCUAUGUAAAGCAGGGCUACAUGAGUGGAGGAGCAGGAUAUGUACUGAGCAAAGAAGCUUUGAAGAGAUUUGUUGAGGCAUUUAAAACAGACAAAUGUACGCACAGUUCCUCAAUCGAAGAUUUAGCACUGGGGAGAUGCAUGGAAAUUAUAAAUGUAGAAGCAGGAGAUUCCAGAGAUACCACUGGAAAAGAAACUUUUCAUCCUUUUGUACCAGAACACCACUUAAUCAAGGGUUAUCUGCCGAGAACCUUUUGGUACUGGAAUUAUAACUAUUAUCCUCCUGUAGAGGGUCCUGGUUGCUGUUCCGAUCUUGCAGUUUCUUUUCACUAUGUUGAUCCUACAACUAUGUAUGAGUUAGAAUACCUCGUUUAUCAUCUUCGUCCGUAUGGUUAUUUAUACAGAUAUCAACCUGCCUUACCUGAGAAGAUGCUAAAGGAAGUAAGUCAGAUAUACAAAAAUGAAGAUACAAAAGUAAAUCAGGAGCCCUUGAAAGAAAAACAUAAAUGAACAGAGGUAAAAUGCCUAGUGUUGCACUGAAGAAGAACCUCUCCACUUCUGAUCGAGAACACUGGAACCCCAGUGAGGAAUUCUUUCCAAGUGAACGUUCCAUGUUAGAAACCUUUCGUAUGAAUGACUGUAAACUGAAGCUUUAAGUGCGCUGUGAAGUCUGUUAAAAUGUGUUUUGAUACAGUAAUAUAUAUAUGUAUAAAAAAAAAUUUGUGUUUUUAAAAUGGUGGCCAGGCAGAGGGACUAGAAGAGAGAUUUGUUGCCUAUUCCUGACCACAUGUAUUACUUUCACUGGGAAAUUAAAAGUUAAAUUUGCUAAAACUACACUGCACCAUGUUAGUAACUCACGAUGCUAAACAGAUCUGCCUUAAAGAAAAUUUAGAAGGAAAUACUGUUGCUCAGUGUUGUCUGUAGACUCAGAACAUGAGUUUAUAUUCGCAGUAUGAUAUAAAUGAACCAACCACCCCCUGACACACACACGUACAGUUUUUGUCUAAUGAAAAUUUGCUGUGACUAUUUAUAAUUGGUAGUAUUUCUUCCAGAAGAAGGUAGAAUAAGAAUGGCACUUGUCUUUAAGUGCAUUAAUAAAACCACAUUUUGAAAUUAUCAUGGGCCUUGACUGUAUUAUAUACUUCAUUCUAAUAGUUAAUCUUCUGCGGAGUCCCCAUUGCCUCUUUUCUAAACAUGCUUAACCAUUCUCAAAUGCCAUUUCAACUAUUAAUAUUUAUUUACUGAAAGCAUUAAUAGCAUUCUAUAAACAUGCAUUUUAAAAUAUUUUAUUCCUAGUUUUACCCGUUGUUAAUUAUGGGUAACUAAUGAAUAGUAAAUUUAAUGCUGUUUGGAGAUGCAUUUCUUAUAAUAGUGCUAUUCUCAGGAAUCACUAAGUAACGUUUUUAAUUGAUUAUUUAAAACUUUGUCCAAAUACAUAAUUAUAGUUCCUUUCUUUCUCAUUCUGUUGAGAGAUGAGAACUUGUUUGUGCCUUGCAUAACUUGUUUAAAGCAGAGAUUUGAGAUUCAUUUUUCGGUUCUGAGGUGGCUGUUAGUUACACUGGCUAAGUAAUUUGUAAGAUUUUGACCAGAGUUAAUUAAAAACAUUAAAAAAUGCAGAAUGCUUAAACAAACUGAAAUGUGUCAAAUAUUAAAAGACCAAAUGCUUAAUUUAUGAGUAACACUGAAUUUUGAUGCUGACUUCUUUGAGGAUGAUUGUUUUUGUCAUUGGACAGUUGGAAUAGACCAGAAUACCCGUUCAAGACUGUCAUCAAAAACACAUAAAUGUUUCAUUCUAAUUUUAACCCUCUAUUUCAUCUAACCCUCUAUUUAAAGAAUUUCUGGAAGGAAAGAAAAUGUUAAAUUUUAGUUGUUUUUAGCAACUAUCAUCUGAGUGUAUCAUAACAGAAUACACCUUCUAUAUGAUUAUCUUAAAUGUUACAAAUAAUUUACAUUUCUCUUAUGUUUUAUCAUAAUGCUCAUUUUAUGUGGCUGUCAUGCCAUUGAUUCUGCUGCUUAGCUACAUGGUUUAUAUUUAUUGUGCCAAAAUAUGUCAAAACCAAGACCUCUUUGUGUUGUGUAUUUGAGAGAUUGUUCAUCCUAGUGGCUAAUGAUGGCAUUACUCUGUCAACAUAGUGAAAACUUACCCUAGUUUUUACCUAUUAAAUUGUGUUUUGUUAUUUUCUUGGUGAUAUCAGCUGCCAAACUUUCAAGGCGUUCUAUUCUUUGAGCAACUCUUUACCUUGGUAUGAAUAUGAAUUUACUUGCAGUCCAUAUAUGCUACUUUUCUGUACUAGAAUUAUAAAUUGUUUACCAUAAACAUCCAAAAACCUUAAAAUUGACUCAUAUGAAAUCAGCAUUGUGAUGAAUCCUGAGGUCUGGAGUGGGACCACCUGGGUUUAAAUUCUUGUUCCGUCACUGGUUUUGUAGCCUUGAGCAAUUAACUUAAUCUUAACUCUGUGCCUCAAUUUCCUCAUCUGUAGACUAGGGACAGGACAGGAAUACUACCUACCUCACAGGACUUUUAUGAGGAUUAAAUGAGUGACUAUGUGUAUGGGUUUUAAGAACACUGUUUGUCCCAGAGUGUGGAGUGCUAAGUGUUAAGUUUUUUUUAUUAUUCUUUACCUUGGAGUGUAUUUAUUUUACAUGAGUGAGAAAUCUGCUUUAAUGAAAUCGGAUAUCAAAGGAAAUAUUUCAUACAUUUCUUAUAAUAAGUAAUAGCUAGUUUUUAUUUGAUGCCUACUAUACACCAGGUAAUGUGCUUAGAUACUCUGUGUUAAUCCUCACAAAUUGGGGGUUACUCCCAUAUUAUAGAUGAGAAAACUGAGGCUCAGAGAACUACAGUCAUUUUUCCACUGUCAGAAAGUUAGUAAGUAACAGAGCUAAGGUUUAUAUUCAGAGCCUGUGUGUUCUUUGCACCAUGUCAGCCUUGAGGUUAAUCAUGUAACAUUACUUCCAUUUUUACUUAAUGACAUGUGACAUCUGAUACAUUGGCCAGUAGUUGUCAAAUUAACCAGCCAAAUUGUCAUAAUGAUUCUUAAAUUGUGGUUCAUAUACUUUUGCCUGGGAACUUGUUAAACUGGAGGUUUCAAGACCCCAAUUCCAGAAAUUUUGAUUCUUUCUUGGGACCCAGAAGUAUGCCUUCUCCCAGAUUCCCUUGGGCACCAGUUCUCAAAGUGGUCCCAACCCGCAGUGGCAGCAUCACCCGGGAACUUGUCAGUAAUGCGUCCUGGAGCUCACCCCGGACCUGCUGAAUUCUGAAACUCGAGUGGUGGAAGCAAAUAAUUAUGUUUAAAUAAGCCCUCCAAUUCCCCACUAAACCUGGUGAUCAUAUGCAAAUAAUUAUGUUUAAAUAAGCCCUCCAAUUCCCCACUAAACCUGGUGAUCAUAUGCAAAUCAUCCUUAUAACACACUGAGGAUUACUUCCCCUUAAGUGUGGUUAUCUUUCAAAAUUUAGAUACAGCAUAGUAUAAUGUAGUUCUGUACUAUGGAUCUAAUAUAGAAUCACACUAUAUUAGUAAAAGACUAAAGAUAAUAUAAAUAUAUUUAGUAAGAGACUAAAGAUAAUAUAAAAGGUCAGUGAAUCAUUUGUUUGACAAAAUCCUUUAGCUGCUUCAGGGUGACUAAUAUCAGGGCCCACAGUAAAAUAUGAAGUUUAGUAGUUUCAUAUUAGGGCAGAAAAUGUUCAGUAAUUGCUAGUUAAGUACACAUUAAUUCAUUAAAAGCAUACCUAAAUGAAUGUCAUCAAAAAUGUCCACAAUUGGUGGUAAAAAAAAAUUUUCAAUAGAGAUAGUAAAGUACUAUUAUAUAAAAUGCAGAAUGUUUUUCUGCUAAUUCUAUCAAAAUUCAUCACUUUCAAGGAUCAGUUGACUGUCCUAUAGGACGUAGUAAAGCAAAAAACUCUCCAAGUAUUUAAUAGAGCACAUAAAACCAGAUUUGAUGAGGAUAAUGACUCUCUUUUAAAUGAAGGUUUUUGUCAUCUGGGUAAAUGACUUUAGUAUGGUCUUAAAACAGGCUUCACUGUCUUUUGUUCUCCAAUAACAGUAUACUUGUAUUGCAAGUGGGAAGUUUGUAGAUGAUACAAAGCAGAUUUUUUCCCCGAGUUCAGUUGUUUUCAAAUGCCUUGAACUUCAGAGGAGUUCCUGUUACAUGUAAGAAGAUUUGGAAAUAAAUGACUGACCAGUUUUUAAUAUUUUUAAAAGUAUGGUAAUUGAAUUUGAGCAUUAAAUUUGCUAAUUGGUUAUUUUCAUAAUUGUUUUAAGUAUUAAUUUUUCACUUCCUUGAGCCUGUUAUACUGUAUUAUUACUAGACUGAGGCUUGAAAAAUUCCUCAUUUGAUAGAUUAGAUGAAAUCCACCCUUUUAUUCAUUUAAUUUUCAUUUCUUUAGAAUAUUUUACUUCUUUAGAAUAUUGACAAUUUCUACUUCUUUGUAUUUAUUGCCCAUCUUUAUUUCCUUGAUAACUAACUUCCGCUUUCUAAUUACUCCUAAUGCUGCCCUCACAAGAUUAAUUCAGCUAUUCUUAGUGAUUAGAGUUUGUAUAUAUCACUUACAUAAUUUUAUACCUAUUGAUAUUGUUUCCCUAUGAGAUUGGAAGUAAAAGUUUGUCUAAGAACAAUGCCUGCUGGCUCUCAGGAUACUUGACCUACUUAAAAGUCUACAAUUUUAAACUAAUUUUAGAUAUUCAAUUAAAUGAAGUAAAAUUAUUUUAAAUUAUUUGGAUUCUUCCACUCCCCAACUUCCCUUUUUCUCAAAAAAAAAAAACCCUCAUUUGCCUCAUUUCACUGCUUAUUUAUAGUAGGCUUCACAGAAGCGUACUUAAGAAAUCUGGGAGACAACCUGUGGUUUAUGUUGGACUAAAUAUAACCUCUAUUAAUUAAAAAGAUGGCUUAUGUUUAUAUAUUGGAGUUGAAAUAGAAAUUUUAGUUCAGAUAUGAAUGAGAAAUUUUAUAAAUUCUAUUUAGAGAAACCAACUCUAAAACUAGUUUCACAGUUGAAUAGGGCUCUGUUUCAACUCCUUUACCUCUCUAGUUUUUAGUUUAUAUCAGCAAAGUUUAAAUAACUUUACAGGGCCCUGCAGCGAUCCAUAUAAAGUAUAUUAUUAGAGGGGAACUAAUCUUACUGCUAAGCAGUGUGUUAUAUUGCCCAGAGAAUGUUUGUGUUUUGGAAUUUAAAAAUUAUGUAACGUAAUAGUAUCAUGAAUGAUUUUAAAAUGUCUGGUGACUUGCUUAUUUUAAGUGAUCACCAAUAAGUCAGAAAAAAUGUAUUUUUAAAUGUUUUUUAAAGUGCCUUUUGAACAUUUUUAAACAAUGGAUUUAAAAAACUGCAUAAAAUAAAUUACCAUUUUAAAGCUGC